AUGUGUUUGCGGACAUUCUUUACACUCGUCUUCACAAUCAGUUUGGCUGAGGCUACGGCCUUGGGGAACAUUGUGAAAUCUAUAAAGAGAGAGCUGUCGUUCGGGACUAUUCUCCUGCUGCGGAAUGAAAAGGAUGCCGAUUACUGCUGGACACGAGAAGACUUUCCUCAAGACAUUCCCAUCUUGAACUUGAACUCGAAUCAAAGUCUUUAUCUAAAGCAGAUAUUCAACUCUGAGAUUUUGGCAAUGGUUUGUCAGAACCGCAGUGAAGGCGACACCAUGAAGACUCUCUACAGAAAUCUACAGGAUAUUCGCUACACUCCAACCAUCGUCAUGACCCGGUCGGAUACCAAUCUCAGUGCUUUGUUCGAGGAUUGUCGCUCCCACAAGGUGCUCAAUGUGCUGGCCCUGAAGGACUUUGAUCGACAAUUUGUCUACAGCUACCGUGCCUUUCCUUAACUGCAGGUGGUGAAGCGUCGAGUGAUCCACAUUCUACGCUACUUCGAACCACAAGUAAGAAACAUGCAAGGAUCCCCCAUCAACGUUUUACCCGACAACAUUAUGCCUCGCACAGUGGUCUAUCGAGAUGGUCAGGGACGUCGUCAGAUGACGGGAUACCUAGCGCACCUAAUGAGGAACUUUGCCAGCACAUUGAAUGCCACUAUGAAUAUCUGCUGGGAAUAUGUGCCUGAGGAAGAGGUCACCAAUAAAACAACGAUGGUCAAACUGUCAAACGACGGAUUUGUGGACUUUCCCCUUGUCAUUACCGGUCCUCACGACUUCCUGUACAAAGAUAUUAUUGUGAUGGAGAGCUCCAGUUGGUUUCUGAUACUCCCCACGGAGGCGAACACCCCACGGGCGCGACUCUUCUGCAGGACUGAGGCCUACAAACUGGUGCCUCUGCUGAUACUUCUGGCUCUAGUACUCAGCUAUGCCCAGCGACUGGAAGAGGGUCUGGGUCCCAGCGUAAGUUUGGGCAGCGUUUGGGAAUAUGUCCUGCAUGGGGUCUUGGCCCAGCCACUUUCCCUGCCCCAUGGUCCCUCCUCGAGGGUCAUCUACAUUUAUGGCCUUCUGUUUUUUGCCAGCAUGCUCACGUGCAGCAUUUUCAAUGUCAGUCUGGAGACGUGGCUGGUGCAUCCACCUGUCGAUCGUAUGAUUCUCAGUUUCCAGGACAUGCUAUUGGAGCAACGGAAAAUUCUUUUUUACCAUCCCGAAUAUUUCGCCAUACAGAGGAUUUUCGGUGAGGAAAGAUUUGAGAACAUAAGGGACAUCUUUGAGAUUACCAAUUCCUCGAAACAUUUCCAAAUGAUGCGAAGUUCCCUGAAUCAGUCCUAUGCAUAUCCCAUAACCACCACCAUGUGGCCACUUCUUCAGCUGGGACAGUCCAGGCUAACGCGUCCCAUCUUCCGCAGGUCCAAAGAGAUGAUAUUUAAUCCGCUCGUACUCUUGUCCAUUACCCUUCCCAAAGACUCAAUCUAUCGCGAGGCCUUCACCCAUUUCCAUUUGCGCACCCUCAACAGCGGGCUCUACAAAUUGUGGUUCAGAAGGACCUUCAAUGAGCUCGUUGAAUUGGGUAUGAUGAGCUACCAAGUGGACAACAGCCCUCAGCCCUAUAAGGAUCUGGUGUGGGGGGAUUUUAUCUUCGUUUGGAUGCUGUAUGUUGGAGGCAUCUUCGCCAGUCUGUUGGUUUUUCUUGUCGAGAUUUUUUACUUUAAAUGGCAGCGAAAUACGAUUAAUAAUUGA